CCCUGUCUCCCCACACCGUCCCUGUCAUUCCCAGCGGAGCCCCAGCAGAGGCAGAGGAAGGCGAAACAUGAGUGCUCUGGAAAUCCAGAACAUCAACUGGCAGAUGUCUGCCAACCGGGGCGCGCAUCAUACAGAAAAGUUCUCCAGCCAAGACCUCAUCUUGCGGAGAGGCCAGCCCUUCGAGGUCUCAAUAUCCUGCAACCGAAGUCUUGGCUCUGAUGAACGUCUAGAUUUCACAGUCUUCACAGGACCCUCCCCGUCAGAGUCAGCCAGGACGAAGGCUACUUUUCCAGUCUCCAGUGGGAGCAGUAGAGGGGGCUGGAAUGCCCAGCUCAAGGCCAGCAACGGCAAUGCUCUGACCAUCGCCAUCUCCAGUCCCGUCAAUGCACCCAUAGGGUGGUACACCAUGAACAUUCAGAUCUCCUCCCAGGGCAGUGUCUCCUCCAAGAAGCUUGGAAUGUUCAUACUGCUCUUUAACCCCUGGAUGCAAGGGGAUGAUGUCUUUAUGAGUAACCAAGCUGAGAGACAAGAGUAUGUUGAGGAAGAUUCCGGCAUCAUCUAUGUAGGAAGCACAAAUCGAAUUAGCAUGGUUGGCUGGAAUUUUGGACAGUUUGAAGAAGACAUUCUGAGAAUCGGCCUCUCCAUCUUGGAUAAGAGUCUGAACUUCCGCCGUGACCCUACUACUGAUGUGGCCCGCAGAAACGACCCUAAAUACGUUGGCCGGGUGCUGAGUGCCAUGAUCAAUGGCAACGAUGACAACGGCGUGAUUGCUGGGAAUUGGAGCGGCAGUUACACAGGUGGCCGGGACCCACGAAACUGGAACGGCAGUGUGGAGAUCCUCAAGGAGUGGAAAAAGUCUGGCUUCAGGCCGGUCCGAUUUGGCCAGUGCUGGGUGUUUGCAGGGGCCCUCAACACAGUGCUGCGAUCCUUGGGGAUUCCCUCCCGGGUGAUCACCAACUUCAACUCAGCUCAUGACACAGACCGAAACCUCAGCGUGGAUGUGUACUACGACCCCAUGGGAAACCCCCUGGACAAAGGUAGUGAUAGUGUAUGGAAUUUCCAUGUCUGGAACGAAGGCUGGUUUGUGCGGAAUGACCUGGGCCCCUCAUACAGUGGAUGGCAGGUGUUGGACGCUACCCCUCAGGAGAGGAGCCAAGGAGUGUUCCAGUGUGGCCCAGCUUCGGUCAACGCCAUCCGAGAGGGGGACGUGGACCUGAAUUUCGACAUGACCUUCAUCUUCGCGGAGGUUAAUGCUGACCGCAUCACCUGGAUCUAUGAUACUGCCAACGGCAGCCAGAAGCAGAAUUCCUUGGACACUCGUUCCAUCGGCAAGUACAUCAGCACCAAGGCGGUAGGCAGCAACUCUCGCAUGGACGUCACGGACAAGUACAAGUACCCAGAAGGUUCCAAAGAGGAAAGACAAGUGCACGAAAAGGCUUUGAGCAAACUUAAACCCAAUGCAACGUUUGGCGCCACAUCUGCAGGGGAUGUGGCAGGAGAGGAACUGGCACCCAGCAUCUCUGGGAGGUUCAAGGUCACUGGCGUACUGGCAGUAGGCCAAGAAGUCAGCCUAGCCCUGCUGCUCAAAAACCUGACCAGUGAUAGAAAGACGGUGACGGUGAACAUGACCGCCUGGACCAUCGUCUACAAUGGCACGCUAGUACACGAGGUGUGGAAGGACUCAGCCACAAUAUCCCUGGACCCCGAAGAAGAAGUGCAGCAUCCUGUGAAGAUUUCGUACGCUCAGUAUGAUAAGUACCUCAAGUCAGACAACAUGAUCCGGACCACAGCCAUAUGCAAGGUGACCGAUGAGGCCGAAGUGGUGGUGGAACGGGACGUCAUCCUGGACAACCCCACCCUGACCCUGGAGGUGCUGGACCAGGCCCAUGUGCGCAAGCCUGUGAACGUGCAGAUGCUCUUCUCCAACCCCCUGGAUGAGCCGGUCAAGGACUGUGUGCUGAUGGUGGAGGGCAGCGGCCUGCUGCGGGGCAACCUCAAGAUCGACGUGCCAGCUCUGCGUCCCAAGGAGCGGUCCCGGGUCCGUUUUGAGAUCCUGCCCACCCGAAGUGGCACCAAGCAGCUGCUGGCUGACUUCUCCUGCAACAAGUUCCCCGCCAUCAAGGCCAUGCUGUCCAUCGAUGUGGCUGAGUGAAGGGCCCUGGCGGCCCCUAUACAAACUUGGGUACCACGGAGCAGGGAAGCUCACCUGCAGAGUGAGACCCCUGCCCGUGUUGUCCAGCCUGGGAAGCCCACUCCAUCCUCUGAGGCUGCCGGACACGGACUUCCAGCACAUACUCCCAUCCCCCUCACCCCCAGGCCAGGGCAGGGUCCACCCUGGUCUGUGACUUAAUCACUUUUGCACAUUCCUGACCGCUGCCCCCUGCAGCUUCCUGCUGUGAGCCCCAUAAUCCUGCUCAUCCUUCAUGCCCAUCAGUGCUACAGGACAGAGCACUGACCCAGGGACUCUCCAAACGGAUACGGGGAGAAGCCAGUCUGGACUGUUUGCUGAUCCCCAGCCUGCACAUGGGAUACACCUGCUCUCCCUGGGGUCACCAUGGAGGGCAGGGAAUGCUUAGUUAUCUGCUGCGGCAUCACAUCCUUACACGCAAAAUAAAUGUUAAAUAAGUGCAAUGACCGGGCACCAGCUCUAGCAGACUGCUGUUUCACCUGAGGUGGUGGAGGAGACAGCGGGGCUGUCCGGGGUCAAGUCCUUCUGGAGAAG